AUGACCGGUGAAUUCUAUGGGACGAUCAAGCCACAGGCAAACUUCAAUGCCGAGGAAGCAGCUGACAGAUUGUAUGAAGCGAUGAAGGGCCCCGGAUGCGAUAAGUAUAAAGUCAUCCAGGUGAUUGCGCACUGCAACAAUGCUCAGCGACAGAUGAUGCGCACACCCUAUAAGAAUAAAUAUGGGAAGGAUUUGUCCGAGGAAUUGAAAAAGGAGCUGUCCGGCGAUUUCGAGGAUGUCAUUCUGGCGCUAAUGGACACACCAACCAAAUAUGAUGCCAUGCAGUUACAGAAAGCUAUGAAGGGUCUGGGCACUACGGAAUCAACUCUUAUUGAUAUCCUGUGUUCGCGAAAUGAUGAUGAAUUGGAGGCGAUCAAGAACGAAUAUAAGGAUGAAUAUGGGAAAACCCUUGAGAAUGACAUUGUUGGCGACACCAGUGGCGAUUUCAAGGAACUGCUGCUUGCUUUGCUUAACACUCGUCGUGAUCGGUCCUACAAU